UCAUCUUAGCUUGGCAUAAACACAGAGCAGAACACUGCACUUCUGCACCCACACAAACGUAGAGUACUAGACGCUGACGGACAGGAAUGGAAUCUGCCGUGCAGUUGCCGCGGUACGUCGUCUUCGACCUCUCGGCCGGCGCCGGCCUCCGGUGCUUCAGCGCCGCUCCGGCCGUGGAGCACGUCGGCGUUCCGUUCCGCACCCAGACUCUGGGCUUGGAGACGCUUCACCGGACACGGCUUUCUCGCGCCGACGACCUCGCCGCUCACCGGCCGAUCGAGCAAGCUGGCACGGCGAUGAACAGCUGCGAUCGUGUUCAGAUCAGUGAUCCCGACACCGUGUCGGACGCGGGCACGUCGGGUGUUCAGGCUGCCGAGGAGUCCGAGGACGAAGCGGAUAGCUUCGAUGAGCUGUUCUUCCAAGAGGGCUUUGCGAGGAAGAUCGAUGCGUUGGCUCAGCUAGUGGGUAUGGAGGGCGCCUACAAGCCAGCGGCUGUGCUGGGUGAGGUUGUCAGGGUGCUCCAGGCGGCCGAUAGGAGGAAGUGUUCUUUACGUGCAAAUACGGCUGUUUGAUGUGUACCUAUUACCGAACAAUGCUUGAUAUAAAUAGUUUUUCUUUGUUUUGCUUCUC